AUGGCGGCUGGAUGCUGCUCGGGCGCCGCAGAGGCCCAAGGGACAUCGGCGCAUCCUGCCGAUCCCCAUGCCCCUCACGACCAUGGCUCCGACGACAGCCAUGGUCACGGCCACGAUCAUGGUUAUGACCACGAGCACGGCAGCUGUGGCGGCCAUGCGGAAUCCGAAUCCCUCGCCCCCUGCGAUCAAGCCGGCGAGUGCUGCGAUGACGCGCAGGGCUGCUGCGACUCUUCCGCCUCGACAAAGUCGGCUACGCUGACCUGUUGCGACUCCAACGAAGAGCAUUGCGACGAAAAGUGCAUCAUCGCCGCCGCCGCCCUCGAAUGCGAAAAGACUUGCGAGAGCGACGUCGCUGGUCAUGAUGCCCAUGCUAGUCACGACCACGCCCAUGACCAGAACGGACAGCACCCUGCCUCGGCCUGCAGCACCCAUCUGGCCAAGGCGUUUGACCAGUACGCUGCCUAUCUCGAGUCCGCCCGUUGCAUCUGCCGCAGCAUCCUCGAACGAGGUUGGUCCACGACGUGCUGCGCCGAGCAGCCAAAGCAGACCCCCAAGGCCGCCCCCGUCGAGGUUGUCGCACACGCACACGCGACCGGUCAGGGAGCUCAUACCCACGACGGGCCGCACCAUCACCACGGAAUUAAGCGUCGUGGGAAGAAGGCGCGUCAUCAACAUGCCGUGUUGGCCACCAAGGAGGAACAGGAUGGCGGCUGCUGCAGUGGCCAUCAAGUUGAGCAUGGCCACCAGAGCGACAAGGACGCCGCUCUGCGUCCCGCCAAUACGGACCUCGAACGGGCCGAGGGGUUGGAGCAUGUCGCCUUGACUGUUGAUGGCAUGACUUGCUCCGGCUGCGGCAACAAGAUGGAGCGCACCCUCAAGGCUCUCGCUGGAGUCUCGUCGGUCCGGGUCAACUUUGUCAUGGGCUCCGCCGAGUUCAGCCUUGAUACGGACGUCACCACGCCCGACGAGGUCAUCAGGGCAACAGAGAGGGCCACAGGUUUCCGUUGCACCAGGCUCUCCAACGACGACCAGACAGUCGAUCUCUUGGCCUCAGGGGGCUCUGCCAAAGUGCUCGCCGACAUUGCCAUCCCAGGAGUUACCCAAGCCACCAUCUUGAACAAGAAAGUUGUCCGUCUGACCUACGACCCGGCCAUUAUUGGCGCGCGAACCUUGGUUGAGCGCGUGGGUGACUUGUCUGGGGGGCUUGCUCCGCCGAGGGACGACCCCAACGUGUCCAGCGGCAGGAAGAGGCUGUACGACCAGCUCGUCAAGACGGUUGUUGCUGCUUGCUUUACCAUCCCGGUCGUCGUCAUGGCCUGGGGCAACGAUCUGGUUCAAGACGAGAAAACCAAGGCCUCCGUGUCUCUGGCUCUUGCGACCGUGGUGCAGCUUAUAGCUGUUCCCGACUUCUACCGCCCAGCCAUCUCGGCCCUCGUCUACAGCGGCAGCCUAGAGAUGGACAUGCUUGUUGUCAUCAGCAUCACUGCCGCUUACCUGUACUCGGUUGUUGCCUACGGCUUUAUGAUGGCCGGCAAGCCAUUGGACACGGAAGCGUUCUUCGAAACCAGCACUCUUCUCAUCACUCUGGUCCUGCUCGGACGGCUUGUCGCCGCCUUUGCUCGUAUCCGCGCAGUCGUAGCGGUGUCGCUUCGGUCACUUCAGUCAACCACUGCCGUUAUUGUUGAAUCCGGCAGCGACAGAGAGAUUGAUGCACGACUCCUCCAGUAUGGCGACAAGCUCAAGAUUGGCCCCCAUUCCGCGGUGCCCACCGAUGCGACUGUCCUCAAUGGGACGAGCGAGGUAGACGAAUCCAUGCUGACUGGUGAGAGCGUCCCCGUGUUCAAGAAGGAGGGCGACUCGGUGAUUGCGGGCACCAUCAACGGCUCAGGCACUCUGGUGGCUCGACUUACCCGUCUGCCGGGCAAGAACACAGUGACCGACAUUGCCCAACUAGUGGAAGAGGCUGCCAACUCGAAGCCUCGAAUCCAGGACGUUGCCGAUCGCGUCGCUGGUUGGUUCGUGCCUGUGGUCACGUCCAUCGCCCUCAUUGUCAUUGUGGCCUGGGUCGUCGUCGGCCUCAAGGUCCGCAACUACAACGCGGGCAAGGCCGUCUCCAACGCCAUCACCUACGCAGUCGCUACUCUAGCGGUAUCUUGUCCAUGCGCACUCGGCCUUGCCGUGCCCAUGGUGCUCGUCGUGGCGGGUGGCAUUGCUGCACGCAACGGCGUCAUCAUCAAGUCUGCCGAAUGCACUGAGCAGUCUCGAAAGGUCACAGAUGUUGUCUUCGACAAGACAGGCACCAUCACCGAGGGCGAGCUUGACGUUAUGGAGGAGCAUUUCUUUGGCGUUGACGAGGCAGAGUCCAUUGCCGUCUCCAAGGCUCUCGUCGCCGGAAACAAGCAUCCCGUGUCACUCGCGGUGGCAAAGCACUUGGAAUCGCGCGCAACCGCUCCAGCGAAGCUUGACAAUGUCCACUCGAUCCCCGGCGCUGGUGUGGAAGCCACGCUCGACGGCACCAAGAUCCGUGCUGGGAACCCUGCGUGGACAAACACGUCAGAAGAUGCUGUUAUUGUCGAUAUGCAGCAACGUGGUAUGACUCUGCUCGUCGUUACUCGCGAUGGCAAGGCCAUUGCCGCAUUCGCUAUGCGUACCCGUCUCCGAGCUGAAGCUGCCAAGGUUGUCUCCCAGCUGAGCCGCCGCAACGUCGCAGUCCAUCUCGUCUCGGGCGACCAAAAGCGUGCCGUCGAGGCCGUCGCCGCGCAGGUAGGAAUCCCGAACGUGGCGUCGCAAUGCACCCCGUCUCAGAAGCGAGACUACGUCGCCAACCUCAUGUCUCGGGGCAAGAAAGUCAUGUUUGUCGGAGACGGGACCAACGACGCCGUGGCCGUCACCCAAGCCGAUGUGGGCGUCCAGCUCGCCAGCGUGCUCUCGGCCAGCGAGGUCACGCGCGGCGCCGCCGAUGUGGUCCUCCUCAACGGUCUCGAGGGCAUCCCCUUCCUCAUGACGAUCAGCAACGUGGCGUUCCGCCGCAUGGCCUUCAACUUUGGCUGGUCGGCCGCGUACAACGUCCUCGCCAUCCUGCUUGCCUCAGGCGCCCUCGUCAACGUGCGCAUCCCGCCCGCCUACGCCGGCCUGGGCGAGAUCGUCAGCGUCCUGCCCGUUAUCUUUGCGGCCAUGACGAUGCUGCUCAAGAAGAUCAAGGUCGACGUGGACGGCGUCGCUGCCGUCUAG